AUGGAGCCGGUGGUACUCCGACAUCCCCAGUUCAUAGCCAUUCUGAUUGUCUCAAGCAUUUUGUGUCAAACUGCAAUCGGCACUGCAGCCAAGAAUCCAUAUAGAUACCAUACCAACAAGCCUUCACGACCAGGGAAUUGGCUAAACCAUGGAGGAGAUAUAUACAACCGCAGAUAUGCCUCUUGUGAAUCCAAAAUCAGCCCUUCAACUGCAUCUAAACUGGGGCUAAAAUGGAAGUUCAACGCAGGGGGAUUUGUAACAGGAACGCCCGCUGUAUAUGAUGGGAUUGUAUAUUUCACAAGCUGGAAUGGAUAUGUGUACGCGGUUAAAGCCUGCGAUGGCUCUCUGGUGUGGAAGCAAAAUGUAGAACAACUCACCGGUCUCACUGUCCAGGUCUUGAACUCAACAAUAUCUAGAUCAACUCCGACCAUGAUCACGGAUCAGGAUAUGAUAAUUCUGGGAAUCACGGGGCCGGCUUAUGCCGUUGCCAUUAAGCGGAGCAGUGGCAGCCUGAUAUGGUCAACUCAGCUGGAUAGCCAUCCCUUUGCCAGCAUCACCAUGUCUGGGACCUAUUAUGAUGGAGGUUUCUACGUAGGAGUAUCUUCAGCAGAAGAAACUGCCACGAUUGAGGAAUGCUGCACAUUUCGUGGUAGCCUCAUCAAGUUAGAUGCUCGAAGUGGCAGGAUCUUAUGGAAGACCUUCACCUUGCCAGACAAUCAUGGGAACCGUGGAGAAUAUGCAGGAGCAGCCGUAUGGGGGAGCAGUCCAUCAAUUGACGCUCCAAGAAAUCAUGUAUACAUCGCAACUGGAAAUCUGUACUCAGCUCCUCAACGUGUCAAAAAAUGUCAAGAAAGAUUAAAUAAUCAGACUAAUCCGACAAAUCCUAAUGAGUGCAUUGAGCCUGAUAACCAUUCAAAUUCCAUAAUGGCGCUAGACAUGGACACUGGCAAAAUCCAGUGGUACAAGCAGCUUGGAGGUUACGAUGUCUGGUUCGCGGCUUGUUCAAAUUUGUCAACCCCUAAUUGCCCACCCGGACCAAACCCGGAUGCCGAUUUUGGGGAGGAACCAAUGAUGCUAAGUAUCAAAGUUAAUGGUACCAAACGAGAUAUCGUUGUGGCUGUCCAAAAAAGCGGAUUUGCAUGGGCUCUGGAUCGCGAUAAUGGGAACAUUAUUUGGUUUACCGAAGCGGGUCCUGGUGGUGUUCUCGGGGGAGGUACUUGGGGUGCAGCAACGGAUACAAAGAGGAUCUACACAAACAUUGCCAACAGCAACCAAUUGAACUUCACUCUUCUGCCAUCACAUAAAGUCACGAAUGGUGGAGGCUGGGUGGCGAUGGACCCUCCAACUGGUAAAAUUCUGUGGUCGACCGCUGAUCCAAAGGAUUCUAUGGUUAAUCCUGUGACUAUUGCCAAUGGUGUCCUUUUUGGUGGCUCAACAUAUUCAACAGGACCCGUCUAUGCCAUCGAUGCCGAAAAUGGCAACAUACUUUGGUCAUACGAGACUGGAGCCUCCGUCUAUGGUGGCAUGUCUGUAAGCGAUGGAUGCAUGUAUGUCGGGCAUGGAUACGUAGCUCCACUCUUUACUGCUGGAACCUAUCUCUUCGCUUUCUGUGUACAGAUUUCUUGA